UAUAUAGAUAUACACGCGUGCCGUUGGUGGAGUGCGAGUGCACGAUUCCGCCGUGCGACGAGAGUGAUCAGUGCGUGUCUCCCUUUCGGCAGCGACGGAGGCAUUAUUCUGGCUCGACUUCGUUAUAAUCGUACAAUAAUAACACACGUACACGCGUGUGAUAAAAAUAUAUAUACAAAUACAUAAGGUGUGACUAGUAUACAUUGGUGUACUAAAUAUAAGAACGUGUAUACAUACUCGUGUAACGUGCACGUGUGACUGUGUGCGUGAACCCGUGUGUGCAGUGCAUCGUUGUGACGACGACCAUCGUUGCGUGUGUCGUUGUACGCGUGUGCAUGUGUGUGGGUGUAUUUUUUUUGCAAACGUAAACAAGAGACGAGCGCUGCGGAGGCUCGAUUCCUCGGUAAUAAUAAUACGUAACAAUAGCAGAGAGGGUAGAAAGAGAGGAGAGCUACGAAAGAGGAUUGAUCAUUCAACAACGAGUCGGAGGCAGCGGCAGCAGUAGUAGAACAGCAGAGAGCAGCAGCAGCUUACUAUUGGUGCCGAGAGUUUAUAUGCGGCAGCAGCGCGCGUUUGUUUACUAAAUCUCUCUCUCUCUCUCUUUCUCGUCGUCGCAGUCGUCGUCGUAGUCGUCGUAGUCGUCGUCGUCGUCGUCGUCGGAGUCGCGGCUUCCGACACUGGCGCGGCCAUUUUGCCCUCUCUUUUUUUACACUUAUGUACGUGAGCUCUAUACAUACAACACGUCGUUGUGUAGUAUAUCGCAGGUCGUCUCGUCGUUCGCUCGGCACGCAUAACAACGACGAUAGAAAACAUAGUACACACACACACACACAACAUCGAGAGAGUAGAGGAGAGUUUUUCGCGCGUGUGCAACAAUUAAUCGAGGCAUCGUCGUUGUCGAGUGCAAGUUGAAAAGUGCAAGUUUAAUAUUUAAUUAUAUAAAGGCCAGAUAAGUGCGCGCGUGCUCGUGUCACACAGUCGAUGCACCGAGGAUUCUAUUAUUCGAGAAUUAGAAGAAAGCAACAAAAGAAACAUAACAAACGCCUACGCGACUGUGCGAGUGCAGUGACGAGAGGAAUCUAAUAAUAUCGAUUUGUUGUCGUUCUCCGUUGUUGUUGUUGUUGUUGUUAUUGUUGACGCUCUCUCUCUCUCGGCGUGUGUGCUGCCGCGAGGCAAUUGUUGUUGUCGUGCGCGCGUGUGCUAUUGUGUGCAACUCCGUAUACGUAUUAUAAAUAUAUCGUUGUCGCAGUUCUGCAGUCGCCACGCAUCGUCUUUGAAAGAAAGAAAAAACUAUUUAAUUGCGAAGAUAUAUAGACAAAACCCCCUCGACGACAACGCGAUACAAGAACCAUCAUCAUCAUCGUCAUGGAUAAUACGCUGAGGGAACAAGUGAUGAUAAACCAGUUUAUGCUGGCUGCCGGCUGUGCCAGCGAGCAAGCAAAACAGUUACUGCAGGCGGCGCAUUGGCAAUUCGAGACGGCAUUGAGUAUAUUUUUUCAAGAAGCCGCGAUACCUUCAUGCCACCAGGGGCCCGGAGGAACACAUUUUGGACAGAUAACACCUUGUAAUACACCGGCAACUCCGCCAAAUUUUCCAGAUGCUUUGUUAGCAUUUUCAAAAAUGUCAGCAGGUGAAAAGACUCCCUCUGGUAUGUCGCCCAGUCAAAACGGCUCGAUAAUUCAGCAGCAGCUCCAGCAUCAGCAGCGAUCGGCCGAGCAGCGGUGUAGCAGUGUGUCGGGCCAUCAUCAGUACACUCAUCAUCAUCACCAUCAUCAUCCCCAGGCGUCGCCCGCGGCCACCGUUCAUCAUCCCCAGCAUCAGUUCGGCCUCGGCGAAAGAUAAGAUACGUCGAUGAUGAUGAUGGUGCGCGAGUUCUGAGCAUCGUCGGAACUGUGUAUCCGAAGCAUUAUAGCAUGUACUCUCGUUGAAAGCCGCGCAGAGGCUGCGUCGUGAGUAUUCGGCGAUUUAAUGCGCGCGGAGUUUUUUUUGUUUUUUUUUUUUUUUUCAACUGGUUUUUUAUAAACUGGUAGUAAUUUGCAACUGCGACACGGUUAGUUGGAUGAGUAGAAAGUAACUGCUCGACUGUAUUUAUCCUCCUAUUUUCGAUGAAGUCACGUGUAUACGUCCAAUUUUUUAUUGUUAAAAAGCAAUGAUGCAAUCGAUCGUCGCGAUUGAUAUAUUCCCGACGCACUAUUACGAUUGAUAAAGUAGUGCUGCAAGUUUAUUUUUCCUAUAAUCAACAAAUUUAUCGUGUGACAAACGAGCACGAACCGACAGAUUUUAAAUGUACAGACUUGUCGAGACGGCUCGCUCGUUUCGGAAGUUCUUUACUUCAAACUUGUCGGAUUAUUACGAAUUCUUAUAAUUGAAAUGAUUAUUGUUUGAGUGGUUAUGAUUACGUAAAAAUCGUAUUUCUAUACAAGAAAAAAACAGUACUCUUGAACGAACGUUCCAGAAUGUAACGUCUAAAAAUAUAAUUUGCAGAGUUAAAUAACGAUUUUUUUUUCUAAAUAACUAUCGUACAUCGAAACGUUGAUACUACGAUUUUCUUUUUAAAUCUUGGCUGCGAAACGAUAAAAUUGUUAAAAUUGAAAGAUUACGUACGUGUAUGAUAAAGGUGCAAUUGUCAGCGAACUUUUCUGCUUUUGAGAGUGUAUUUGUUAUCAAAUUGUGGAUAUAAGAUAUAUUGAAGUAGAAUACAAAAAAAAAUGUAUUUUAAAUUUUAAAAUUGAACUUUAAAUACUGUAAUAUUAGCAUAUAACUAGUUCGUUAGGUAGUUAGUUUUUUCAAUUGUAUUCGUGUAUUUUUUUUACACGAUGAUGACUAAUUAUUCGAAUUAAGUUGAUAAUCCAAUUUGUAAGCGCUUUUUCUGACGAUACAUAAAUAUUUAUAUUUUCGUUCAUAAAUCUCCGCUUAUGAUGGAAAAAAAUCGAAAAACAAGAGCUAUUGUUUAAUCGUACGAUGAACUUCCAUACUACUAUAAUGAACGGUCGUAUUCACGAGCAGUUUUUGAGAUGCAAAACUAUUUUAUGCGGGUACUAUCGAGAUAAGUAUUUAAGUUUAUUGUAGUUGAUAAGUUUAUUUAUUAAAUUAGUUUUUCAAAUUUUUGUCGUGUUUAGCGGUGAAUAGAUGCGUUGUAGACAUUUACAACAAUGAAUUAUAGUAAUUCAACUUUAGGAUUUUUUAAAAUACUUUUUACUGAAAAAUCAGUAAAAAUGUGCAGUAAAGUGAAAUAGUGAUUGCAUCUCAAAAAUACAGAUGUGACUUACCAAAAAAUGAUUUAUUUAUAUUUAUUUUAUGUAUUAUGAUAUUUAUAAAUGUUGUGAAAUAAAAAAAGCUUUCUUUCUCCAACAACUGAAUACCUCAUGAUUAUUUCAAACUAUUUGAAAAAAACAAUUCAAUUAGAAAUAUUAAAAAAAUUUAACUCGCGCGAUUCCUGGACGAGAAUAACGUGGUGAAUUAUAUUUAUUAAAAUAAUUAAGCUUUUUGGAAAUAGUGCGCGACACUUUCAUCGAUUUAUUCAAUUUUCAUUCAUUAAUUUUACGAAUACAAGUGUCGAACACAUUGAUUGAUAAAAUUUAAUUUAAUUUUUCGGUCAAUCAACAUAUUGAAUUUUUCUCACCAUUGUACGAGUUGAGAUAACUGUCAAAAAAAAAAAUAAAUAAAAACUACAUAAGUUUCUAAUACUUGACGUAUCUAUUGAUGUAACGCUUCAAGUUGGAAAAAAUUCUUGACGGGUUUCUAAACGUGAAGCUUCACUUUGAAUAAUGUAAAUAAAAUGUACGUAGAUGUUUUUCAUAUUUCCUGAUAAAAUGGACUGCGAUGAAAUUCUUGUAGUAGGUAGUACUUCUGCACGAAUGAAUUUACGAAAUCAGUAGUUUUCAAAUUUGAAGUACUAAAAGUCGUUACGUACUAAUAAAGUAUCACAUUUAAAAUUAUAAGAAACAAUCAUUGUACAAUGAUAAAGCACUUUAAGAGACUGACCCCCUUGUUAUAUAAUAAUAUCAUUAUAAUCCCUCGUGUCGAGUUUGAAUUAUGUUUUUCUUGUGUGCCUUUUUAUCGAUAUAUAAACUUCAAUUUUACACUAUACCUGGGUAUAUCCAUUGCAACAUAUAUCUACCCCUACUUAUUCGAAUAUUUGAAAUUACCUAGUGACACUGCAAAAUUAUGAGAUUUUGAAUUUUAUUUGAAUAUGUUUCAGUUUCAGAUUUUUAUAAAUAUCUUCUUUUCUCCCAUGUGAAUAUUAUUUCGUUUUUCUGAAAUUACGAUUAAAUGUUAAAUAUCAUCUCUAUAAAAAUAACUUUAUGUAUACGUUCGCACAAACGUUUGUCGUUGCGAUGUUUUUAAAAUUUUGCCGUCGACUUAGUAGAAGAUUAAUAAUGUUGAAAUAAAUGAUAUCAGCGGACAAAGCGACAUAUUUUCUACAAGAAAAUUCGCCUUUAUGAGUGUGCAAAAAAUAUUGUAUCAUAUAUGUGUAAAAUUGAUGCUAUUUGUGACACUUCAAUAAUUACGAAAAUUCAUACAAGUAUUUAGGCCUUUCAAUUCGUCAUAUUAGAUGUUUUUAUUGACGAUUUUUAGAUUUCAAAUACAGUAAAAAUAAACUUUAAUCAGUGUCACAUUGAUUCUAAAAUGUAGAUAAGGUAAAUGCGAACAAGAAUUUAAAGCAGUAAUCAUGAUACGACAACAAAUUUCGAAGACAAGUCUACUUUGAUAAACUGAGGUUAUAAACAAAUAAUCAGUUUUUCAACUUGUAUUUUACGGGUUUCAUUAUGUACGAUUACGAAUAAAAAGUUCAGUUAUAAACACAACAAUUUAUAGCCAAGAUUGCAUUGUGAGCAAUUAACACUUUUUCUUUUGUACAUAUAAAAUAGUACACGAAUUGUAAUGGAAUGUAUGCAUGAAUAGCUAACAAACUGUUUGAUGACUUAGAGAGUAAUUAAAAGUGAUUUGAAUAGUGUAAUCAUCAGUCAAAAUUUUUUAUUGUAUACAAAAGUAUGUAUUAUGUAUACGCUUGAUAUUUUAUAGAAAAUUUUUUGGGUUUUUGUUAAGUUGCUGAUUACUGUUUACUAACAUGGUAUUGUUUGACUGUAAAUAAUCAAGAAUAAAGAGAAUUACUCAGAUAAAA